AUGGUCUGGUGCGUGCUCAGGGACAGUCCUCCGCUCUCAGGUGCUCCUGCACAAUCGGACCCGGGUCUGGUGUACCCGACUCCAACAGUACAGGUAAGGCAACCAGGUUGCACUGGAGAACGACCCGACGACGUGGUGACCGAACACGCAUGGAACCGACAUCCAAUCAUUGCCCCGUUGCACUUUUCUGGUCUGGUGAAAAUUCCCCUGAUCGACCAUCAUAUUCCAGCAUUUGGAGCACACACCAUGCGUGUGCAAGUGAGACAAACUGGAAGCCGGUUUGGAUUCAAACUCAAACAAGAGAUUGAGAAGACCAUUGGGAAGUUGAAUGUGGAAUAUGGACUGUUUCGAUCAAAGAGUUGUGAUGAGUCACAAUUCGGGCGGGUUCGGGUUCCUUUGAGGUUGUUUAUCUUCGGGAUUAAGCUGAAGAAGUCGUCAAUCUUCUCCUUCAUGCACCGGAGAAAAAGGUCACUUUAUCUUCGAUCUGGAAUGCCAAUCAUGCAGCUCACCUUGAUUUGGACACUUCCACAUCUUUCUUUGGUGUUUAUGAUUGCCAUGGAGCUGAAUUUGACAUCCAAUCUUUUGAGUGGAACCAUUCCCGACGAGAUCAGUCAGCUACCACGCUUGCAGCGACUGUUCUUAUCCCACAAUUCGUUGAGCGGACCAAUUCCAGCAGCAGUAGGACAGUUCCAACACCUUGGUCUUCUUGAUCUAUCGAACAACAAAUUUUCCAGUGAGAUCCCAAAAAGUCUAGGAAAUUUGGUCCAAAUAAACUCUAUGUUUCUCAAUAAUAAUCUUCUCUCGGGAUCAAUUCCUUCAAGUUUAGGACAGUGCAGAGAUCUCUACACGCUAGACUUGUCCUAUAACAAUUUAACUGGGAAUAUCCCUCUGGAAAUUUCGGGUUUACGCGAGAUGAGAAUAUUUAUCAAUCUUUCCCACAACCUUCUAGAAGGGGAUUUGCCAAUUGAACUCAGCAAAUUGGAAAAUGUUCAAGAAAUGGACCUCUCGUCGAAUAGGUUCACCGGUCGUGUCUUCCCACGGAUAUCAAGCUGCAUUGCCUUGAGUUUGUUAAAUAUAUCACACAAUCUUCUUGAAGGGGAGCUUCCGGAAUCCUUAGGUGAUCUCAAGAACCUUAAGGUCUUUGAUGUCUCCGGGAAUGGAUUAUCCGGUACAAUCCCAAAAAGCUUGAGUAAUAUCCACACUCUUACAUUUCUCAAUCUUUCCGUAAACCAAUUAUCUGGAACCAUCCCCUCCGGUGGCAUCUUCGAUUCUGUCACAUACUUAUCGUUUUUGUCAAACAGGAACCUUUGUGGGCCGAUUCUGGGCAUCCCCAAAUGCCACAAAAGCACAAAAAAACGGACUACUUUCUUGAUUAUAUUCGGCAUUGUUUCAUUACCAGUUGCCUUCUUGGCAGUCCGGUACUUAAAAGUGGUAAUAUUUGCUGGGAAGGCCGAACCAGAAACAGAACCACAACCGGAAUGGAUUGACUUCUUCCCCCGAAUAACAUACAAAGAGCUGUUUGAUGCCACUGGAGGAUUUGAUGAGCAGAGGAAACUAGGGUCGGGGAGCUCUGGGUGUGUUUACAGAGGAGUGCUUCCGGAUGGGACGUGUAUAGCAGUUAAAGUGCUACAGUUGCAGACAGGGAGUCCCGCAAAGAUUUUCAACAGAGAAUGCCAAGUUCUGAAGAGCAUUCGACACAGGAAUCUGAUAAGGAUCAUAACGACUUGUAGUCUACCCGAUUUCAAGGCCCUUGUUCUUCCUUUUAUGGCGAAUGGAAGUUUGGACAGUCUGCUUUAUCCGCACUCUGGGACUGGUUUGUCUACUUCAGGGUCUUCGGGCUUGACGUUGAUCCAGAGGGUGAAUAUUUGCAGCAACAUAGCGGAAGGGAUGGCUUAUUUGCACCACCACUCCCCAGUUAGAGUCAUACAUCGUGAUCUGAAUCCGAGCAAUGUUCUUCUCAAUGACAACAUGACAGCCUUGGUAUCUGAUUUUGGGAUUGCGAGGUUGGUUAUGACGGUUGGAGGAGGAAAUAAUUGUCAGUUUUAUGAGAAUGUGGAAAAGUCUAGUACAAAUAGGUUGUGUGGAUCCAUUGGGUAUAUUGCACCAGAGUAUGGAUUGGGAUCAGCCGCAAGCAUAAAGGGAGAUGUUUAUAGCUUUGGGAUCAUAGUUCUUGAGAUGGUGACCAGAAAGAGACCAACAGACGAUAUGUUCACCGAGGGGCUAAGCCUGCCCAGAUGGGUCAAGAACCAUUACAACGGACGGAUAGAGAGAGUAGUGGACUCGUCACUGGUGAAAGCAAUGAGGGAUCAGUCACCAGAAGAGAAGAAAAUGUGGGAAGUUGCAAUCGAAGAGCUAGCUGAGCUAGGUAUUCUUUGCACACUGGACUCACCCUCGACUAGGCCUACAAUGCUUGAUGCUGCCGAUGACUUGGCCCGCCUCAAACACCGCCUUAAAAGGUACCCUUCAGGGGAUACAACUGCAACAUCUGCCUCAUCAAAUGGCACCUUACGGUGAUGACUAUAAUAGAGGGGGCCUCGUGAUAGUCUUUUUGUUUGAAUUUUUUUUUCUUUUUAUUGCAUCAUGAACUUUCAGUGUGGGGUAGGAAACAUGGAUUCGAAUAUCAUGAGUAAGAAUGGAAAUACUAAUGCCUUUAAAUUGGUCCUCAUCCUAUGUUAGUUACCGUUAACCUAAUAUAAAUAUAUAAUAUGCUCUGGGAGACAAUUUUUUUUUAUCAUCAUGGCCUGUGAGGAAGACAUUAGUAGGAAGUUUUUUCUCACUUUAGGAGAGAGACUGAAUUUUGUGACUCGCGCUCAUGUCAUCAGCAAUUGCUGUUUUCCUAUUAACACUCCUACUUGACAGCGAAAUCUUAUACUUCUACAAGCUAAAACAGAUCAGGCAAAUCGUUUUGGGUGACCAUAACUUUUUAUCUCCGAGCCGGAAGAACAACUAAAAUAACUAAUGGGCAAACCCAGUGCAUGAGGCUCCCACUAUUUCGGGGUCUGGGGAAGGGUUGAUGUAUGCAGUCACAACCUUUAUUGGUUUGGCUUACUUUACAUAGUCGGGUCCAUGUGAGAAGCAAUACCUGUGAACCUUGUACUGCUAC